AUGACCACCGCUAUGGAACCCACGACGGGCUCCUCGUCUUUGAGCAAUGGCGUCGCCUCGCAGCCAAAGAAGGUCGCGUACUUCUACGACUCCGACGUCGGCAACUAUGCCUAUGUAGCAGGACAUCCCAUGAAGCCCCACCGCAUACGCAUGGCGCACAGCUUGAUCAUGAACUACGGACUGUACACCAAAAUGGAGAUUUACCGCGCUAAGCCCGCGUCCAAAUACGAGAUGACGCAGUUCCACACCGACGAAUACAUCGAGUUCCUUCACAAAGUAACGCCCGAUAACAUGGAGAGCUUUACACGUGAGCAGAGCAAAUACAACGUCGGAGACGAUUGUCCAGUCUUUGACGGUCUAUUUGAGUUCUGCGGUAUCAGCGCUGGCGGCACCAUGGAGGGCGCUGCGCGCUUGAACCGAGGAAAAUGCGAUGUCGCAGUAAACUGGGCGGGAGGACUGCAUCACGCGAAGAAGAGCGAAGCCAGUGGUUUCUGUUAUGUCAACGACAUUGUCUUGGGAAUCAUCGAGCUACUCCGAUACAAGCAGCGCGUGCUGUACAUCGACAUCGACGUCCACCACGGAGAUGGUGUCGAGGAAGCUUUCUACACGACCGAUCGCGUCAUGACCGUCUCAUUCCACAAGUACGGCGAGUACUUCCCCGGUACCGGUGAACUGCGCGACAUCGGUGUCGGCAGCGGCAAGAACUAUUCCGUCAACUUUCCUCUUCGCGACGGCAUCACCGACGAGACCUAUCGCAACAUCUUCGAGCCCGUCAUCGAGGCGGUCAUGACAUACUACGGCCCAGAGGCUAUUGUUCUACAAUGCGGUGGUGACAGUCUUUCCGGAGACAGGCUUGGUUGCUUCAACCUGAGCAUGGACGGCCACGCCAAUUGUGUCAAGUACGUCAAGAGCUUCGGCGUGCCAGUCAUCGUAUUGGGAGGAGGUGGUUACACUAUGAGAAACGUAGCGCGAACUUGGGCCUACGAAACAGGAGAGCUCGUCUCGACCAAGAUGUCCAAGCAGCUGCCUUUCAACGACUACUACGAAUACUUCGCUCCCGACUACGAACUGGACGUCCGUCCUUCUAACAUGGAGAACGCCAACUCUCACGACUACCUGCACAAGAUCAAAUCCGCCGUCAUUGACAAUAUCCGGAGAACCGGAAAGCCAUCAGUUGAAGCCUUCACCAAUAUUCCGGAUGUGCCUGCGGGUCUAACUCGCGCUACGGACUCAGACGCUGAAGAUGAAGACGAUGAUCUCGAUGCCGAUGAGAACAAGGAUGUGCGCAUGACACAGCGUCAGCGCGACCAGCAAAUAGAGCACGACGGUGAGCUCUACGACGCGAGCGAUGACGAGGAUUACAAAAACAGCCUCGGAGUGCGCGAGCAGCCCGGCACCAAGAAGAGGCGACACAUCACCGACUUCCCGAACCCCAACGCUGCUCCAGAGGAUGACUUGGACCGCAUGGAGACCAAUGGUGAAAGCGCCGUGUCCACACGGCAAGCAUCUGCAGUCGCCAAGUCGCGCACAACAACCCCCGCCGCUGGCGAGCAAGAAGCCGACGAAGAUGGCGACAUCGACAUGGACGCGGCGCCUGCUGCGACUGCACCUGCUGCUGGCUCAACGCGAUCACAAUCGCCAGCUGGUGUCGUAACCCCACCCGAAUCCCCACCAGCCGCGGCAGCAACAACAACCAUGGCACCUACUUCAGCCCCCACGGCAGACGUCGAAAUGGAAGAGAACGACAACAAAGAAGAGGUCGCCGCAGCCAAAGAAGAGGGCGACGCAGAACGCGAUUCUGAAAACGUCAAGGGCGAGGUCCGCACAGAGGUCGCUAAGGACUGA